AUUUAUUACCAUGGCGAGCAAGCAAGAUUUUAGACGUUGUGUUGUUCCCUGCCCUCGUUAUAUCACGGGUGGGGACACACAUCAGCUUUGUGACAGUUCGGUUCGCGUUCCCCGAGGUGCGGGUCCCGCUGCUGCCGAGGCACAGCGGAGGCUUUCAUCUUGGGGAUCGCAUAUGGAUUUAGUAGCGGGGUUUGAGACGGGCCCCGCCCUUUCUCAACCCUUACCUGCUGGAUCCGGUGUCUCUGCCCAGGAAGGAGCCCGCGCUGCGGCUUCUCCUUCCCAGGUUGAGGCACCAAUGUUGCGGCUAUCCAGUUCUGAGGAACUGGAUGUCGUUGAUAUGGGUGAUUAUGAGUGUUCGCCAGCUCAUACCCCUGCUGAUGAGGAGCUUUUGGAGGUUUUAUCUCGUGCUGUUGCUAAAUUAAAUAUUGAAUGGCCAGCUGAUGAUUUUGAAGUUGAUUCUAGAAAAAGUCUGUUAGAUGAACGAUUUCUUCCAUCUAGAUCACGACCUCCACGUCGGGAACUCCCGUUUUUUCCCAAUCUCCACACCGAGGUGUCGAGAUCGUGGAAUAAACCGGCGUCUUUCAGAGUGUAUAAUCCACAAACUAAUAACUAUAGUAAAGUUCAAGGGAUUGAUCACCAUAGUUAUAUGACGAUGCCUCGUGCGGAAGAGACGCUUGCGAGCUAUCUUUCCCCCGAGUCAGCGUCAUCACUGAAAGCCCCGACGUUACCCACCAAGCCAUUAAAAAAUACUUCAUUGUUGGUGGGUAAAGCGUAUUCGGCAUCAGGUCAGGCCGCGGCAUGCUUACACACAAUGGCAAUAUUACAAGCAUACCAGGCUGACCUGCUGAGGGACAUGGAUAAUUGUGAGGAAGUUAGUGCUGACGCAAUUCGAGAGUUGCGUCGCACGACAGAUCUAUCUCUCCGGGCCACCAAGGAGACGGCCAAAUCUGGCCACAGAGCGGCAUUUAUGGUUAAAUCUGACUGA